AUGUAUAUCCCUAAUAUUUAUGGAUUAUUUCUUUUACUCACAGCUGUAAUUUUGGCAGUAAUUGCGCUACUUAAUCCAUCAUGGCAAGUAGUGGAUAUUCGAGAAUUCCAAGCAGAACAUCAUGUACACGGUCUUUACACAGACUGUACUCGGGCAGAAAGAAAUCCUUCUCCCAGUAGAAGACUUGAAAGUUUUGUUGAAAAAUCUCCGCUUCAUUGCACUUAUAAAUUUGACCAACAUGCUUUGGAUAAUGUUGAAGCACAAAUACACGAUAUAGACUCUAAUGCUGCAGCUGCUGAAGCUGAACAUCAUCAAUUUUAUGGUUGGCAAAAAGCUGUUCUUAUUUGUAUGGGCCUUUCUUUAAUAGCAGCUCUGUUUUCCUGUACAAUGGGAUUAUGUGCACCUUGUACCCCAGGAUGUGCUGUUCUACACAGUACUGCCAGUUUCUUUGCUUUUUUGUUUGCCGUUGUAGCUGCUUCUGUUUUCUUUUUCGCAGCUCAUCGUGUUGAUAGCCGUUUUGUCGUUCAACAAAUUGGUGAAGCAUUUUAUUGUUAUGUAAUAAGUUGUUUGUUGUUAAUGCUUGUUUUUAUUUUGAGUUUAAUUGGUGCCUACCAUGCUCUAAGAAGCUCUACGAUACAAGCAAACCAAACAGCUGCAUGUUUGGCACGGCGGGAACAAAUGGCUCCUUUAGCAGGCCAUUGGUCAGAAAGUAUAAGUAGAAAUGAAAAAAUUGUUUUUGGUAAAACAACUGUUUAA